AUGCAGUCUCUUAACCCGGAUCUUUCCGAGCAAUCGACAUCGAGCACAAAUGCGCCUAUUAUACUUUCUUCUCAUAAUACUGGCACCCAGGCAGUCACUAGGAAAAUGUUUUUUCUUUCUGUCUGGGUAUCAUUUGCUGCAUGGAUUGCUGAAUUCGACAUCGGGUAUGCCGGGAUUGUAUUGAUCAUGCCCUCAUAUCAAAAAGCAUUUGGUCAUUGCCGGUCAGUGCAUGACCCUGAUACGGGCAAUGCGAUCGAAGCUUGUGAGCUCAGCACUCUUCAACAGUCGCUAAUCAGUCUCACUUUGCUAUUCAUGGCUGUUGGGAGUGUUUUAGCUGGCUUGGUUGGCUCCAAACUUGGUCGCCGAAGAACAAUACAGAUGGCUUGCAUCUUCUGUCUUGUAGGAGCUGCCGGUAUGCUAGGAACCACAGGAAGUUUUGUGAGCUAUAUGGUCUGCAAAUGCAUCAAUGGUGUUGGGAUCGGACAACUCCUCGCCUCCGCCAUCGUCUAUGGAGCCGAAUGUGUUGCUGCAGACAAACGAGGGCUUUUGCUCGGGAUUUUUAAUAUCGGGUUAGCAAUGGGGAAUGUGACAGCCGCAGCUGUUUGCGCUGGAUCAGCAACUUUAGCACCAGACAAUGACUGGCAGUGGAAAACACCAAUUAUCUGUCAAAUUCCCCUUAGUGUCAUUCUCGCUGUUGGGAUGUAUUUGUUCCCUGAAUCGCCACGCUGGUUACUACUAAAAAAGAAAGAAGAGGAAGCCCGAACAUCUUUUGCUACGCUCUUAGGUCUGAAUGCGCUUUCCACUGAAGUCGCAGUACAAGUGGAAGAUAUCCAAAGACAUCUUGAAUUUGAGCGGUCGCUUAGCAAAACAACCUCGUGGAUCGAAAUAUACCAUGGCGCCAAUCUACGAAGGACGGCAGUCUCUGGACUAAUAUUAGUUGCGCUUGCUAUAACCGGCAUCCAAUUUGUGGCUCCCUUUGCAGCUCUCUUCCUUAGUGGAGUUGGCGUGGAGAAUCCUUAUGUUGUCAACGUAAUUGUUGGCCUUUGCAUUUUUGGCGGAGCUUGCAUAGGCUCAAUACCCCUUGAAUAUGGUGGAAGGAGAUUUUCCAUGUUGGUUGGCUAUAGUCUCAUGGCCAUCUGCAUGUUGAUAUUUUCUUCCGUCGCCACUGGACUUGGAGCUGAUAAUCCAAUAGCCAAACACGUUGUGGUUGCUUUUGUCUGUAUCUGGGCCUUCGUAUUUGGCGGUUUCAUCGGCCCAAGUGUCUGGUUAGCUUCGGCAGAAAUGCACUGUCUACAACUGAGAACAUACGGCCAAGCAAACACGACUUUUUGCUAUGAAAUAUUUGCAUUUGGUGCCACUUUUUGGACACCAUACAUGCUCAACCCAGAGUACGGAAAUAUGGGGACUAAUGUGGGCUACUUUUAUUUCGGGAUUACCGUUGCAGUCUUGGUUCUUGUUUUCCUCUUUGUGCCGGAGACGUCCAGAUUGACACUUGAACAAAUUGAUGACUACUUUGCAUCUGGAAAGCCGGCAUGGAAAACAUCCACCUCGGAAAACUUGAAGAUCUCUCGGGAGGUUGCGCUUAAUACAACUUCGAGUCCACGGGGGCAGUCAGAGGUGGAGAAGCAGGUUCCAUGCACGAGAACGCACAAUUCCGAGAUUGAAGUUCGUUAA